UGCCUCCGUUGCGGUGACUUCAUGGGGACGCCGAGCGACGACGCCGAAAGGGAGGAGGAAAAGGAGGAGAGGAGGAAGGAGGGAAGGAAGGAAAGGAGCAAUGGAAAGGAGGCCUUCGCAGCCACGGCCGGGAGAGAUUUCUCAGGGGUCCCAAGUUACUCCAACGUCCAUCUGAUGCAAGCUCCUGCGAUAAAAAUGAACCGUCUUCUUUACCAAAAACGAGCGCUAUAAGGUCCAUCUGACGCAUGGCCCACCAAAGCGUUGCUAACAGUCUAUUGAAAAUGGACGCCUUGUAGCCUGUCGCCAAAUCCUGCCACCGCUGCCUCUCCAGCAGCACCUCUACAUGAUCCCAUGACUCUUGAUAUGGAUGCUGUCCUGUCAGACUUUGUUCGGUCCACGGGGGCAGAACCAGGUCUGGCAAGAGACUUGCUGGAAGGCAAAAACUGGGAUUUGACGGCUGCUCUGAACGAUUAUGAGCAGCUUAGGCAGGUCCAUACGGCCAACCUUCCCCAAGUGUUCAAUGAAGGAAAGUAUCCCAAACCACAGCAAGAAAGAGAGCCUUCCCAACAGGUGAACAAGGGUGAGCGUCCAUCUCUCCAAAGGCAGGAUGACAUUGCGCAAGAAAAGAGGCUUUCUAGAGGGAUUUCUCAUGCCAGCUCCGCAAUAGUCUCCCUGGCGCGUUCCCAUGUGGCCAGCGAAUGCAACAAUGAACACUUCCCUUUGGAGAUGCCCAUCUACACAUUCCAGCUCCCUGACCUUAGUGUUUACAGUGAAGAUUUUAGGAGCUUCAUUGAAAGGGAUUUGAUUGAGCAAGCAACCAUGAUUGCGCUGGAACAAGCCGGUCGUCUUAACUGGUGGUCUACAGUAUGUACUAGUUGUAAGCGGCUACUACCAUUGGCAACAACGGGUGACGGAAACUGUUUGUUACACGCUGCUUCUCUAGGAAUGUGGGGCUUUCACGACAGGGACCUUGUAUUACGGAAAGCGCUCUACACCAUGAUGAGAAGUGGCGCCGAAAGGGAAGCGCUGAAGAGACGGUGGAGGUGGCAACAGACGCAGCAGAAUAAGGAGUCGGGGUUAGUUUAUACAGAAGAAGAAUGGGAGCGAGAAUGGAACGAACUGCUAAAGUUGGCUUCAAGCGAACCGCGCACCCAUUUCAGCAAAAACGGAGGCACGGGUGGCGGAGUUGAAAAUUCUGAAGAUCCCGUGUAUGAGAGCCUAGAGGAAUUCCAUGUUUUUGUUCUAGCGCAUAUAUUAAGGCGGCCAAUUGUUGUGGUAGCAGAUACGAUGUUACGGGACUCCGGAGGUGAAGCUUUUGCCCCGAUUCCAUUUGGUGGGAUUUACUUGCCUCUGGAAGUCAUGCCGAACCGAUGCCAUUGUUCGCCGCUUGUCCUUGCCUACGAUCAAGCGCAUUUCUCGGCUCUUGUGUCUAUGGAGCAAAAAGAUCAACAGAGGGAGCAAGCGGUGAUUCCUCUGACGGACUCCGAACACAAGCUCCUGCCUUUGCACUUUGCGGUGGAUCCAGGGAAAGAUUGGGAGUGGGGGAAGGAUGACAAUGAUAACGCCAAGCUGGCCAACUUGAUUCUGUCUCUGGAGGCAAAGCUUAAUCUUCUGCACAGUUACAUGAAUGUAACCUGGAUACGCAUACCAUCGGAAACACGGGCUCCUCUGGCUCAGCCAGAGUCUCCAACCGCAUCGGCAGGAGAGGAUGUUCAAUCUCUCGCCGAUUCCAUGGACUCAGACAGAGAUUCCAUCUGCAGUAAUUCUAACGGCAAUAAUGGCAAAAACGGGAAAGAGAAAGAGAAACAAAGAAAGGAGAAAGAGAAAAACCGGGCUGAUUCGGUGGCUAACAAACUUGGAAGCCUCAGUAAAACCCUUGGCAUUAAGCUAAAGAAGAACAUGGGCGGACUGGGUGGGCUUGUUCAUGGCAAAAUGAGCAGAGCCAAUUCGGGGAACGGGAAAAACGGGGAGAUCAUUGAGAAAGUGAAGGAGAAGAAAUCCAAGUCCCGCAAAGGGAGUAAAGAGGAAUCAGGCCAGUCGGCGAGCACCUCCCCUUCCGAAAAGACCACCCCAUCUCCCACCGAAAAAGCAAGCAUCUCACCGGUUGAAAAAAUGAACUCCAAAUCCCCUUCAGAUAAGCAGUCCGACCCGUGGAAGUACAGCACGGACGUGAAGCUGAGCCUCAACAUUUUGAGGGCUGCCAUGCAAGGGGAGCGGAAAUUCAUUUUUGCUGGCCUUCUCCUGACCAGCCAUCGUCAUCAGUUCCACGAGGAGAUGAUCGGCUAUUACUUGACCAGUGCCCAGGAGCGCUUCAGCGCCGAACAAGAACAGAAGAGGAAAGAGGCCGAGAAGAAAGCCAGUCUCGCCGGGUCCUCAUGCCGGAAGCUGGAGCAAGAAGCGUUCUCCAAAGAGAAGCUGGAAUCAUCUCCUCAGGGAAGGGCAUCACCAGUCUUGCCUCAAAGCCAUACAACCCAACUGGUUUUAAAGUUUAAGGACCGCACGAGCCCCGUGCCCGGGUCGUUUUCCUCACCUGCCAAGAAAAGCGGACCCAUCCCAGUGUCUGCCCACUAUAGCCAUACGCCCCCCGUUCAAAGGCAGAGCGUCAUCCACUUGCAUGAGGUCAACUCCAAGCCAUCCAGCUUCCAAGAUGAUACCUACAAGCCGGUGGUUGGUACCUUAAAAACGUGCGCCACGUACCCCCAACAGAACCGGUCGUUGUCUUCGCAGAGUUAUAGCCCAGCCCGGAUAGUAGGCAUCCGUACGGUCAACACGGUGGAGUCCCUGACCUACGCCAUGCCUACGGACCACAAGUCACAAACGUACACCAACGGGUUUAAUACCAGCGACAUCCGAGACUGCUUAGAAUAUGCCGAUGAGGAAGCACCUCAGACCUGGUUAAACAAUGACAAAAACCGAGGCCGGAGCACGGUUUGCCCCAUUUAUUCUAUCCAGCAGAACCACUGCAAGAAGGAGAACUGCUCCUUCUACGGUCGCCCUGAGACUGAAAACUAUUGCUCCUACUGCUACAAGGAGGAGAUAAAACGCAGGGAGCGGGAAAACAAGGGCCACCGACAUUAAAGAUGGUGGAGCAAUCCCCAUGACUAUUUAUUUCCUCCAUUUUUCUUACUUAGGAAAUAUCUUAUCAGCGCAUUAUGGGAGGACGAAGGAGGGAAUCCUACAAAGGGAUCUACGGGGAGAAAGGUCUAAGCUUAUUUUUUUUUGUUCUUUUUCUUGGGUGAAGAGAAACAAGGAUAAUUUAUCAUAAAGAAUUUAUUGUUUUCCAUGUUGUGGUUGUCUUUUUUACACAUACUGGUAAGCUGAAAGGUUGUUUACUCCUUUGUCAGUGCUAUGUAUAUGUGUGGUCAAAAUUUUACUAAUGGUGCCUGAACUUACACUGACAUCACUCAGGUAGUAGAAAGUUAGGAGGGGAAAAAAGUCAUAAUACCUGGAGAUGUGGUAUUGUAUGUAAUAAGAUUGUGUCUGCCUCGUUCUAUAGAGCCAUUUCACUCUUUUUUAAGAAAUUAACGUUUCAUGGUCUUCCCCAUUCACUUUUGUCAAGCUUGGAGAGGACAGGUAUAGUAACUGUGUAUGCUAACGUUUUUUGCUAUAAACAUUUGUAUGGUUUUAGGACUACCGCUUCUUUAUGGAUACACAAAUGAAGGUCUGGAUUCAUGAGCGCAGGUAUAUUUCCCCUGAAACAUGCAUUCUUGGAUGCACUGACGUAAGCAGACAUAAAUACCAGAGAAUGAAAAGCCUAUUGGCAUACUAUUUCGAGCCCUCGAGCUCAAAAAUAAGCACUUUUUACAAUUUAAUGAGGAGGUGUCCAUAGGAGAGGAAAGAAUAUCAAUGAUUGCUUUGUAGGUUAGUCCUUCCAUUGCUGUUCAAUGCAAACCGAAUAGCCUGUAUCCCAUUGACCGUUUCUCAACGGUUUAACACAGUCUAGCAAUAAUGGUUAUUGAAGCCGCAUUCUUUAGCUAUUAGUUCCUAGGAAAUAUGAAAAGUUGUCAAUAUGCAAGCAAGAUUUAAUAAUGGUUCAUGCAGCCCAAGGCAGACUUGCCGCCUCUUUGCACAGAAGUAAAAAUGGCAAUGGUUAAUUUGGACAUAGUCUCUCAGCCUCAAGGGAAGGCAAUGGCCAACCUCCUCUGUAUAAGUGUUGCCAACAAAC